AUGGAGAAGGCCUUCAGGGCCAUGGGUUGUACUGAGGAGGAGAAGAUCAGAUUUGCCACCUAUAUGCUUCAGGACCGGGCUCAUCAUUGGUGGGAGUCUGUGGAGAGGACCAUGAUGCAGGAUGCAGGAUUUGUGACCUGGCCGGGAUUUCGCAUGGCCUUCUACUCCAAGUAUUUCCCUUCCAGUCGUAUCAAGGAGCUGGAGAGGGAGUUUCUGAGCCUCUCUCAGGGGAGUACGACUGUGGAGGACUAUGAGGCUGAGUUCGAUCGGCUGUCCCGUUUUGCACCAUCUCUUGUCCAAGACCCUAAAUCUAGGAUGAGAAGAUUUGAGGAAGGACUGAGGCCUCGCCUGCGUCAGGGUUUAGCUACUGUUCACUCGACUGAUUAUGAUGAUCUAGUUGACAGAGCUAAAAAUAUGGAGAUCAUCUGGAAGGAGACAUAG